AUGGAUAUAUUAGAAACUAGCUUUAGACUUGAAGAUGUGCUUUCAAGCUAUUAUAGAGUUGAAAAGGUGGUGCGAGUCAAUUAUCAACAGUUCGUACCGAGGACUCCAGAUGAUCAAUGGUGUAUCCAAUCCGAGCUUCUAAUCCGCAAGAAGGAUCCGAAAGCGCUGGUGGCGCUUUUUUCGCGGGAACUCUGGUGCUUUAGCAUCAAUGACCAGGACUUACCCAUGCCGGGGUUGGAAGGGAUAGGCGAGCCCCCGAACUCGGAGAAGAAGGGCCACUUUACGCCAGGGUUUUCCAAGCCGAACCUGCCAACGCCCUAUGCGAUCUUUUUAAAAGCCUUGCGGCGCAUGAUUCACAUAAACAUGUGCCUGAGGUCGCAGAAUCGACUGGUGCCAUUUGGCAACACGUGCAUAUUCCAGCGUGACGAGAAGGCCAGCAGCGUGAUCCACUUUGAUUCACAUCUAUUUGAAAAUGGAGACCUCACAGUUUCUCUAUGUACGAAGGACAUGGGGUUUGAGCGGCUUCUGAGCGGCGCAUUCACGGGUCGCCAAGUGAAGCGCGCGCUGUACCUGGCCCCGUCCGGCAUACGGGCGUAUUUGCCAUUCCCUGACAUCAGUAAAUGCCUGGUAGCGCCCCCCAAGAAUGCACAUCUACUUCUCGUGACGCUACUAGUUUCUCAUGGGAUUGACUUGACACAGGCGAAGGACCUUAAGUGGAUUAAACUAGUACCCAACAUUAACCAUUUGAACGGAUACACCCCAACAAUCUCUCGAUACGCGGAGGAAUCACAAACAUCAAAGUCUGUGAUCUGGCCUAUGGACCUCUGUUUCCAGCAAACACCGGCGGAUGCUUGCGUUAACACUACUAGGGCCACUCCUUUGGAUAUUGGUCUCCAGGAUUCUUUUGAUCUGAUUGAGGAUUUUAUUCAACUGAAACUCACAUCUGCCUAUCGCAUACCUGGAACCUCUGUAAAUGCAAACACUGCGACGGGCAACAAUCCAUUGAGCACGGGCGGGGGAUUCACAGACCAAUUUCAGCCUUUUGUGAAGCAUACAAAUAGCAGUAGCUGUAAUUAUGGACCGGCAUCCAGAACCAAGCUCACACCCAGCAAGGCACAGGAUUUGCGACGUUCUGCGGCACCACUUUCGGCUGAUUCAUUUGGAAACGGCUUUAUGACUACUCCUAACGUUAAUGAAAAUAUGGGAUCGGUGAUUGACGACAUGGUAAUAUGCCCCUCUUCUGUGAAAUCACAGAAUGAUCUCUGGAACGAUAGGAAAAGCUCGAAUGACGAUAUUGACAGUAUCAAUCCUACUUCGCAACAGGGAGAUUCGGCUAGGAUAACAUCGGGAUCAGAGGAACAAGAUGUGGAGGUAACGUUUGACAAAGACUUAUUUGGCGACGAAGAUGACGAAAGCGACCUAUUUGGGGACAGCAGUAACAAGAGCACCCAUAGGAAAGAAGUUCGAGAGAUUACCGACGAGAUGUUUGACAGCGCAGAGAUUGAAAGUGAUCCGGAGGGCAAGAUUACUCCGACAGGAACAUCCAUAAAUUAUUCCACUCAGCAGCAGACUCCUCUGAAAAGGAAAUACUUGGAUAUUCCAUUGGAUGAAAUAACUCUUCCAGCGGCGCCAUUAUAUACAGAUCCAGGAGCGCCAUUGCCUGUGGAAACUCCGCGGGACAGAAGGAAGAGUGUGUUUGCUCCUCUUAACUUUAAUCCAAUGAUAGAAUCUAACGUUGAUAACAAGUAUAAAAAUGGCGGUAAGUUUUCAUUCGAUCCGAAUGAAAUUGAUGAGCCGCUGAAGUUUGAAGUUAGCACAACAAACAUUUCCAGUUCGGAAGAGGAUGACAGUGAAUUUAGUGGCGACGACUUUGAUGAAUUACAGCAGAAUAAUUUGCAGGACAUUAGAGCAAUGGAAGUUGGUUCAUCUCUUCAGCAGUACGACAUGGGACGCCCCAUUAAUGAGUUUCUAAAUCAAUCUGACUCUGCUAAAGAAGACUACCUUUUGCCGGCUUACCAAAGUGGAGAUGUUAUUGAUGUUGAUAAGUUCCCAUCCAGAGAAAGUCAUUUAGAUCAGAUAUGGAAAUCACCUGAGAUCAACCGGGAAGAUACACCUCAUAGGAUAGGUCUACCCAUAAUAAAACCACAAUUGGAUGGUAGCGGAAACCUCGACAUAGAUAAUCAGAUAACCGAUAACUGCUCGUCGAACUACUAUGAACCAACUCCUGUGGUUGGUGCGGAUGAGAAAAUACAAGAACGAACGCUUCAUAAAGAUAAAAAACUAGAUCAGCAGGGUGAUUCAGCGAUGGCUUCGGUAGUCGGUGACUAUUCACUGGCUAUCAAGGAGACUCGUGAAUCUUCCAACGGGCUACCAUUCCUUUUGCGACAUAUGCCACUGUUUUCCAUUCCUGACGUUUUCUUAUCGAAAAACCCCAUUGUUAAAGUGGAUAGUAAACUAGAAGAUUUUCUAGAGAUACUAUGUGAGCAGCUGGUAUUUGAUCAAGGGUUUCUGGGUAACUUUGACGUUGAUCCGCCGACGUAUAAGGAUGUGAAAUUAAAUGAAAAGGGAGUUAUAAGGGAGACUUUGAACUCGGUAUUCAGUGAAUUUGAACGCUUAAGAGGUAACGAGAUAAUUAGCGACAUGUUUUAUAUCAAGCAACCAUCCGUCUGCGUGAAGAAACAUGGCAACCUCAUUAAACUAAAGAGUGACGCAGAAUCGUUUGCACCAUUACUUCAUCUCAAACCCAGCCGGGGGAUGAAAAGUUUCCGUGGGUUAUUCCUGACAACUAUUUUGACCCAAACUUGCGUUUCAUUCAUCACUGAAUUAGCACAUAUAUAUUCAGCGCAAGAGUUAGGCUUUUGUGAACUGGUAAAACUUACAAAUGACGAGCACAACGGCCUAAUUGUGUUGAACAACUUUAAUACUGAUACAUUAUUACUCCUAUCUGCACAAAUCGUCUCAUAUUGCUCUACGAACAUGAAUAAUGUCAAGAAUAUUCCCCUCAUGAUCUUCCUGCCGGUAGCACCUUCAAGUCUCGAAGCCACUAUUACCAUGACAUCGAAAUUUCAACUCAUUAAAAAUGAAGUGAAGUCAAGGCUACCCGACGUCGAGCUGCUACUAAAACUCAUUCCAUUUGAUUUGACCAAAGAUCCUGUAAUUAUGAUUGAUCGAUACUAUGAAUUAUGCCGCGGUAUCUAUAAUCUCUUGCCUCCAAGGACUGUCAAAUUUGCUUCAAUAGCUGAUAAUUUGCCGGAGCAGGUAGAAUUUCGAACUUCUGCAGGUAACCAGAAUCAAUUGAGCCACUAUGAUUCAUACAUACAUUUAGCAUACACCAGAAGCAUAGACAGAGAGUGGCUUGCGGCUGCCUGGUCUGAUUCAAAAGGUACAGAAAACAUGGUUAAAGCAUGGUAUCUGGGCAAUUCCAAGGCUCGCUUUGAAACCGCAUGCAAUGAGUUAUGGAAACUAACAGUCGAACUUGCCAGCAGAAAAUAUGGGAGGAUAUGUUUGAUCCUAACUAGGAUGGAUAGCGUUCUACCGGAUGACGAGUUAAUGCACUGGCGUAGACUAUCUGUGACCACCAGAAAUCUACAUUUGGCUGUGGUCUGCGUUGGGGCGAGUACAAAAGUGUCUCUAUAUGAUGAAGAUCAGUUUUAUCCAUCAUUCAAACCACUUUUUAAGGAUAAGAGAUAUGCCAACAAAAUCCAAGCUAACCAAUUGGAUGAUUACGAGGUUGUGAAUAUCGAUGAAGAGCUGCAUGGCGUCGUAUUCAGUAGCCCUUUACAACUUGCUAAUUCACAGCACCGAUGCGCAAUAAAAAGCGGCGCGCUGGUGCGGUUUAAAAGAUGUGCCGGUGGCGAUACUUUAGACAAAUUCGAGGUUAAUUUACUAAAUUGCCCUCAUUCGGACAGCACAAAACUUUUGAAGACCAUAUUACACCAGUUUAGGGAUAUUGCCAGUCUAAACACCUGGUUCUGCAUAUCACGAGGUAAGGACAAUUAUAUACCGUGGCAUGUUGUCGCUGUUAAAAAGAUAAUGCGGUUCAUCAUUCACGUCAAUGGGAUUGAAGAGAAAUGA